CAUCAGUUCCUAAAUUCACUUGUAGGGCUAGGGCCAGGCGCACUCACCCCACAGCCAGCCCCACUGGAACUCGGAGGCAGAAUAUGGGAGGAACCGCGAAACAACCCUGAACCAAUUCUGAGGACCACGAAUUGGGAUUCUCCCGGCGGAGUUCUUUUGCCAUGGCACCGCCCCCGCCACUUCCGCUAGGAACCCGGAAGUUCCUACCCGACGCCGGAAGUCCCGCGGCCUUGCCUCUUCAGAUUCUUCUCCCGCCCCGAGGCAGAGGAGAGGACUUGCUUCUGGACCCGGGUGGGUCCCGGCUCGGCUCUCCUUGCCUUCCAGAGCGGUGGCCCGGGAGCACAGUCCUCCCAGACGCCAGCGCCAGAAGCUCGGAUCGCGGCUGCCCCAGGAGAGCGCCGAUCUGGGUGCCCGGCAGGUGCGGGGCCAUGAAUGGGACUGCGAACCCGCUGCUGGACCGCGAGGAACAUUGCCUGAGGCUCGGGGAGAGCUUCGAGAAGCGGCCGCGGGCCUCCUUCCACACUAUUCGUUAUGAUUUUAAACCAGCAUCUAUAGACACUUCCUGUGAAGGAGAGCUUCAAGUUGGCAAAGGAGAUGAAGUCACAAUUACACUGCCACAUAUCCCUGGAUCCACACCACCCAUGACUGUGUUCAAGGGGAACAAACGGCCUUACCAGAAAGACUGUGUGCUUAUUAUUAAUCAUGACACUGGUGAAUAUGUGCUGGAAAAACUCAGUAGCAGCAUUCAGGUGAAGAAAACAAGAGCUGAGGGCAGCAGUAAAAUCCAGGCCCGAAUGGAACAGCAGCCCACUCGUCCUCCACAGAUGUCACAGCCACCACCACCUCCACCACCUAUGCCAUUCAGAGCUCCAACGAAGCCUCCAGUUGGACCCAAAACUUCUCCCUUGAAAGAUAACCCCUCACCUGAACCUCAGUUGGAUGACAUCAAAAGAGAGCUGAGAGCUGAAGUUGACAUUAUUGAACAGAUGAGCAGCAGCAGUGGGAGCAGCUCUUCAGACUCUGAGAGCUCUUCGGGAAGUGAUGACGACAGCUCCAGCAGUGGAGGCGAGGACAAUGGUCCAGCCUCUCCUCCGCAGCCUUCACACCAGCAGCCUUACAACAGUAGGCCUGCCGUUGCCAAUGGAACCAGCCGGCCACAAGGAAGCAACCAGCUCAUGAACACCCUCAGAAAUGACUUGCAGUUGAGUGAGUCUGGCAGUGACAGUGAUGACUAGCGCUGGAUCUUUCGAAAUCUACUUUUUGGUGCACAAACAUGCUGCAAGACUGAGCUACUUUGGCGUGGAGUCCAUUGCAAGAGGAAAAUGUUAUGGAUCAGUGACUGUAGUAGGAGUUUGAGGCUCUGGAGCUCUCACAUAUUCAAGUCUUUAACUUAGUGGUCAUGGGUGAUUUUCUCGUCAUUUUUGAAAAAUCUCAUCUUUCAAAGUUUAAGUAGACCUGUAGAAGAGCUAACAGAAUUAUAUUUCUAUUUAGUUAACAUUGUUAAUGAAAAACAGAUAAAUGUGCCCUGAUCUAGGAUACUCAAAGGCCAUAUCUUCACCAGGCCAGAGAUUCAGUUUUAAACCUCAGCAGCCAUCAGUUUGGCCAAGUGGUUGGUACCAGUGAAAUGAAGUCUUUGAUGGGUAGGAGAGAGAGGGAAAACCUCAAACUACAUCAUAGAAAUAUGUUAAAACCACUUUAAAUUGUUGACACAAAGUGGUAAGGAAGUUUUGUCUGACUCAGCCUGACAAGCCUGGAUAGAAAUGGACCUCAGAAUACAGAAUGGAGUCCUUGAGUGUCAGCUGGUGAGGACCAUAGAGUCCUGCGAGCUCAACCUGUCAUUUACAGACUAAGAAAGGGAAGUACACACCUGGCUUGUGGCCAGUCUCCUGCCCCCUCUCUGGGCUUUCCUCACUGUAAUCUCCCUUGAAUCUCAUUUGUAGGAAUCAAAAGAUUCCUAUACAUGGGACUUUUAGAUGUACAUUGGCACUUUGAUUAGAUUCCAAAAGACAAAAGUGUUGGGUGCUUCUAGCUUGAAUUCAGUCCCUAAAUACAUGAGUCUGGGUGAGCAGAUGAAACCGGUAGCCACUGUGCUGAUGCAUGUGACUCCAUUCUGUUGGGGCUUUUGGUUCCAUGUGGAUCCAUACUAAGUAUUCUUCAGUCAGUGGAUUUUAGCAGGGGGAGGCAGGAGUGGAAGAGAGCUGUGAAGAAACCUCUCCGAACAAAUGAACCAGCAGUAAGUUUCUAAAAAUCAGAAUCUAGAUAGAAGUUCUGCAAUAUGAAAUGAGCACAUUCUUUGAUAAGGCAUAUCUAUUCGUGGUUUUGUACCACUGUUUGUACCUGACUCCCCGUCCGAUUUGUAUUUUUUAUAUACAACUAGAAGAAAGUCACAAGAUUGCCUUCUACAGUGUGCCGUUUCCAAAUGGAUCUGUUGUUGGAGGACACUGGUCGCUAGUCAAUGUUCUAUAUUUAAUGAAUGUGUGAUAAAUCAUCCUGUAAUCAGUAUGGAGUAGCCUGUUUUUGUAGUUUGGAUGAAUAUGUCCUGAGAAAUUUCCAUCCACUUUGGUUCAGCAGACAUCAAGAUAGUAAUAAUAAUUUUUCCUCCACAGGUCCCUCCACUUAUAUGGCCUCUCCCUCCCCAGCUAGUGGAGGGGAAGCAGUCUGGACUUAGAAGGGAAAUAGGUGGUCUGUGGUGGGGGCUUUGGUUAGAGUUAAACCUCACAGAGUCAACUGUUUCAUCAUCAUAGUGAGCCCAGAGAGCCACUGCCCAGCAGCAUGCUCACACCAUCUACCCUAGUGUAGGUAAUAGGUCUAUGCUAGGACCCUGUGCUGGGCUCUCAGCCCAUCAUGAGAUUUUGGUGGAUUUAAUGGCAGGUAGGAACUUAUUUAUAGUGGAUUGAUAAUUGCUUUAUAAUUCCUUGGUAAUGACAGCUCAGGGAAGGUUUCACAAGGUCAUGAUUAGGAGACUUGAAUUGUUACUGGAUGUAGGAAUUGUUUCACUGCUCUUAACUUGCUCAAACUGGGGCAGGUUCCAGGAACUUGAACUAAAAAUAUCUGUUUAAGCCUCUCUUUCUUUCCCCCGCCCCCCAACUUUUUUCUGAAAGCCUUGAUUUCUGUAGACGGAACUGUGGUUUUUGGCAUGUUGGGUCAAGACGUGUUUCUAUAGGAAAUACUUGCAUGUAGCACUGGCUUGGUGAGUCAAGCUUCCUGAGCUUCAGACCCUCUGUCCUGUCAUCUGUCCUGCCCAACACUGUGUGGUUUUUCUUUAGCACGGCUUCAGUUUUGUUCUCUGCACAAAGCCUUUGGUGGUUCUGCCCUCUGCCCUCCAGCUUUACCCACCAGAGUAAGGAAUCUUUUCUUUUUAGAAAUCAAGAAUUUGGCUUCACAGAUGGCUUCUCACAGAUGCCCUCCUGCCAGCCAAACCGGACUUGUUCUUUCUGCCUCUGUGCCUUCUCUCAUUCUCCUUCUCUCCCUCCAAACCCCACUUUUGAGGCUCUGUGGGUACCAUCUUUGUGGACUCUUGUCUUUUUUUCAACCCACAUGGAGUGCCCUGUGUGUACAUACUGACCUUUUUUUUUUUUGCUUGAACUCUGGUUGGUAUGAGCUCCUUAAAAGCAGGUACUGGGCUGGGUGUGGUGACUCAUGCCUGUAAUCCCAGCACUUUGGGAGGCCGAGGUGGGAGGAUUGCUUGAGUCCAGGAGUUUGAGACCAGCCUGGGCAACAUGGUGAGACCCUGUUUCUACAAAAAGAAAAAGGAAAAAAAAAAGCAGGGAUUGUGUCAUUCUCAUCUCUUCCCUGGGGUAUCCACAGGAAUGGACAUUCAAAUGGUUGUAGCCUGGUGGGGUAGAAGGCAGAGAAGACUACCCAGCCAGUGAAGUGCAGAGGAUAGACAUAGGAAAACAUUCCAGGCAUUUGGAGACAGCUGAAAGUAUCCAUGCUGACUUUCAUGAUUUAGAAGUCUUUAAAUGAAUUAUUAAAAUUGCCUUUUCUUUGUGCUGUACAAUGUCUACUGUACUGUGGGUCAUUUAGAUGAGAUGAAAAAAUUAAAUCUGAAGUGUCUGAGGCGCUUAGUAAGCCUUAGUAAAGUUGUGAUUGAAGAAACUUAAUACAAAUGAACUAGAGGUUUGUAAUCAUGCCACUCAUUAAUGAUUUUAUUUCUAUAGCAGAAUCAUUUUUUCUAUGUAAGGUGUUAAUGUGUGUGUAUGUGCUUUGGUUGUAGGAAAACUUGAAAAUUCCGAAAUCCUUAUUUUCCUAUUUGAGAGGCUGGUUCAGCAGGGUGUGUGUGUGUGUGUGUGUGUGUGUGUGUGUGUGUGUGUGUGUGAAUGGUGUAUUUAUUACAGUAUUUUGAAAGAGAAUUAGUGUGUUAUGUGGAUAAUGUUGUAUACAGCCAAAGUGGAUGUUUCUAUUUGGCAAGGAAGGUAAGAUUUCUGAAACUCAGGCCUUAACCAAUAGGUUGGAAGACAAGACCAAUUGAAGAGUUAGGAAAUGUGAGUUUUUGUUACUUCUGUUAUUUCAGUCUUGGUUUUGUUGUCUCAUUCUUUAUUUUUAAAAUCUUCUGCCUAAAAGUUUUUUUGCUUAAUUAUGAAGUAGACAUGCAUGUUUACAUUUAUGUAAAAUAUUUGCUGUGUAAAGUAUUUGUUUAUUCUCUUAAAAGAUCACUAUAUUUAAAUAAAAGUGAAGGUCAGCAAUACA